AUCUUUUUAUGAUGAUUUAUUUUCACGAGAGCUGUUUUCUGUUUUUUAGCUGGAACUGUUGUUACACAUCACGUCAUCAUGACAUGCACUACAGCGUGCUUGGAUUCGGUGUUCAUACUGAUUACUGUGAUGCAAAGUCAGCCCUGUAUGAAUGUUUACAAUACAUAACAUUGUUCCCAGAUCAGCGUCAGUGGAUGGACACAAACAAAUCUGAUCCACCAUCCCACGUUAAUCGUUAUUAUAACCUCGCCCAAAACUUCAGUCACUUGUAAGUUGUAUGUUGUGUUAUUUCCUUGACAACUGGGAAGACUUUAACUGCCUGGACGACAAUGACAUUGUCCUGUCAUGCCUCUGGUCAACAGUUUGUUGGAGGAAGACUCACCUGUCACGGAUAGAACACAACUUAACUUAUUGUUUAUCUUUCAGAUCAAAAGGGAACCACAUCAAGGAAUCGAGCUGUUGUUGUUACCUGACAUAUGAAAGUUGGUCCCUGAUGCUCGGAGCUGUUACUUCAAAGGCUGCCACCACUUUCGCCCUUGUCUACAUCACAUCACGCCUAUUUGUCAGUAUGGCAUGGCGUUCAAGUGGCAGAAACAACAGAGAUCUUGUGGAGAACCUAAAGACAAAUGGUAUCAUCAAAGAUUCCCGUGUCUACCAAGCCAUGCUUGAGGUCGACAGAGGUCAUUUCGCCAAGUACAACCAAUAUGCUGAUUCCCCACAGAGCAUUGGAUAUGCCGUUACCAUCAGCGCACCACACAUGCACGCCCAUGCUUUGGAGUUAUUGAGUAAUCAGCUGAAGGAGGGUAAUGCAGCUCUUGACGUUGGAUCAGGCAGUGGAUACUUGACAGCUUGUAUGGCUCACAUGGUCGGAAAUACUGGCAAAGUCGUGGGCAUUGAUCAUAUUGAUGAACUGGUGAAUGAAUCAAUUUCAAAUAUCCGAAAAAAUGAGAAGACUGCGGCUUUUCUUGAAAGUGGUACAUUGAAGCUUGUGUCUGGUGAUGGACGAUUAGGCUAUCCACAGGAUGGUCCAUACGAUGCGAUUCAUGUUGGUGCUGCAGCAGCUCAGUUACCUAAGGCUUUAGAGGAACAGUUGAAGCCAGGUGGCCGCCUAAUCUGCCCUGUCGGGGAAGCCCGGGCAAGCCAAGUCCUUCUUCAAGUUGACAAACUGAUGGAUGGAAGUAUUGUCAAGAAAAAGCUUAUGGGAGUGAUAUACGUGCCUCUUACAAACAAGGAGGAACAGUGGCCAAGAGACACUUGCAGCAUAUGAAGUGGUGGAAUGUUAAAAAGCCAAAAUCGAGAAGACCUAUAGCUUGUUUCGUGUGAUGCAAGGUGUAUUAUUUCAAGAAGUGCUCAGUCCUGCAUUUAUAAUACUAGUUGAGGAGCUUAAGCCAUAAGAGCCAGGUCAAGAGGUGGAAGUUCCAUCAGGAGGAGAAUCCUUGAAAGAUUUGACAUGGAUCGUGGGGAUGGGGAGAGAGCGAUCAGGAAAUGAAUAGUGUCGUACAAUUUGAGGAAACUUCUUCCAUUUUUGGAAGGUAAUAUGUGAUGGGGUGGACAUUCUACCAGUAACUGUUAUUUCUUUAUGCUAACCAGACUGUUAGCUGGAGUUCUUCUGUCAUGAUUUUCCCAAAGAGCAUGAUUACUUAGCUUUGAUGUGAUAAGAAAUGCACAUAUUUCAAUUGGAACUGUCAUUUAUAGCAGCUUUUGUGAAAAGAGUUAUUUCAUCACCGAAUCAUCCAGCUGACCUCAUGACUUCUACACCGACUUAUAUGGUGACUGUUUCUUCCAAAAGAUGAUUUUGGAGAGUAGCAUACUUUGUCCCUUGAGGAAUAAUAGGGGUGGGAUACAUGAUAUUGAGAUAAGAUUGAGCUGACUUUACUUUUUCGAAGUUUUUGUAUUGAGGGAUGAAAAAUCAAAUGUCACUUACAUGUACUUAUACAACCUUUUGUUUUUCAAGGGACCAAUUAGGGUGAAAACAUGUUGAAACUGUUCAAUAAAUUCAUUUCUCUGGUAAUGUUACCCUAUUAGUAGCGGAGUGGCCCGGUUUUACGGUACAUGAGACAGGACUAAGUAGUUAGUGGUGGGUUAGUUUAUCAAGCGUCUCAAGAAAAAUUGUUCAUUUUCUGCCUUUCCCUUAUAAGCUUGAGUUGGUUGGUUGGUUUCUUUUUUUCUGUGGUAUACCCUGCCUUGCUUUCAGAUGUAAAUAUUUGGAAGUCUAUAUCUUGACAAACCUAAAACACUAAUCAACCAAUUCCUCUGUCAUCAUACAACUCGUAGCCUAUUGCAGUACAAAAUGUUAAUGAUAUUGAAUAAGCUAGCGUUAGAAAGAACUUGGAACACUUUUAUUUAAUUUGUCUAUUUAAAAUCGCUUAUGUUUAUACAAUUUGAAUAAGUAGUGCUUGAUGGAAUGAAACCAUUUACUGUCAUUCUUUUUCUAUUUUUUUAUAAAAUAAGUACAUGUUAAUGGUGUAUGUUUCUUGGAAUUGUAAAUGUGUACUCUAUUGGUCAAUUUUGAAAGAGUAGAUGACUUUUUUCUCUAUAUUUUGUGCUGUUAUCAUCCUGUUCUGUGAUUCAAUGAAGUCCACGUCCAUUUCUGUUACAUGUUGUGACAUGAACAUUGUAAGCAUUCAUAGUCAUACAGUUAGCUACUGACAAGAAUGGAUAGAGACUAGUCUUUGAUAAUUCUUGUACCAAGUGUACUGCAAGUAGUAUGUUUUGUGGUGCAUCUUUAAUUCAGACUGUAAUGCACAAGUUCUGUAUUCAGCCCACUCUUGAGUAGGCCUUUACUUGACACAUGGAUAUUUUAUCAAAACAACAUGUGACCCCAACUGUUUCAGAUAUGAGUGCGGCUUUAUAAGAUUCUGUCAUUAAGAACUAUGAGUUUGUUCUCGGUAAUCAUGCUGCUACUUCCAGUAGUAUGUUACUACUUCUGGUAGCAUUGCUGCUUCUUCUGGUAGCCAUGCUACAACACUGUGUAUUGCCGUAUAGCACCCCCUUGGCAUUGUUUGGUAAUGGUAUGUUGUGUGCUGGUAAAACCAAGUGACUUCUUAUGUUAUUUUUAUCCCACUUUAUUAUUCUUGUGGCCAUAAAUGUUCACGAAAACAUUCUUUUAAAUUUUUUCCAUUCAUUUCCAUGAUUGGGUGCAUUUUCUUAUGAUAAAACCAUCAUUAAGUUAAACAUUUUUGCAUCCCUUAGUUUUUGACUGUACUCCCUCUUGCAAAAACAAAAGGGUUUAUAGUACACUGUACUGUAUAGAUGGAUUGUUUAUUCAAGUUGUUUGUAACAGUUAUCCCCUGUACAAUGCCUAUUUUGUUCCUAUUAAAUUCGAAGAGCUUGUUACUGAAA